UAACUUUUUCUCCUUUUCUCACAAGGCUUUGGUUCAAUAUUCCACUGUGGGGCACUUAUACUGUCUCAAAUUGCUGCGCUCCACGACGCAAAAAGGCGCUCCAACCGCUGCAAGGACCUACCUGGAGUGCACACCUGGACUUGGUCUGGAUGCAGAUCUAAAACCUGCGGCCCAGUCUGGAUCCACACGGUCAGCUUAGAGACCAAAAGUGAUCCGUAGAGAGGGGCCGAUUCAGUCGGAGGGCUUGCCAGGUGGACCAAUGGGAUCGGGGCGGCUGGCUCAGGUGCUGCUUGGAUGGGUGGCGGUGUGUCUUGGAGUGUUUCACGGGGCUUCCGGUCAAACUGGAAAUGGACCGUACCAAGCUAGUCGCUUCACCGACAGCGUGGACCAGAGGGAAGUGCAGCGAGUUCGACGCCGUGGUCAGGAGACCCUGAGAGGGCCCAAUGUUUGUGGCUCCCGUUACCACUCAUACUGCUGCCCUGGCUGGAAGACUCUGCCCGGAGGGAACCAGUGUAUUGUUCCAAUCUGCAGGAAUUCUUGUGGCGAUGGCUUCUGCUCCAGGCCCAACAUGUGCACCUGCUCGAAUGGCCAGCUCUCUCCCAACUGUGGAGGCGGAGGAGGAAUCCAGUCCUGUAAUGUCAGGUGCAUGAAUGGAGGCAGCUGCUCAGAGGACUCCUGCUCCUGCCCUAAAGGAUACAUAGGCAACCACUGUGGACAACCUGUGUGUGAGAAUGGCUGCCAGAACGGUGGGCGCUGCAUUGGGCCCAACAGAUGCGCCUGCGUCUACGGUUUCACCGGCCCGCAGUGCGAGAGAGACUACAGGACCGGACCAUGUUUCACCCAGGUGAACAACCAGAUGUGCCAGGGCCAGCUGAGUGGGAUCGUUUGCACCAAAACCCUGUGCUGCGCCACCAUUGGCCGAGCCUGGGGCCACCCCUGCGAGCAGUGCCCCGCCCAGCCGCACCCCUGCAGGCGAGGCUUCAUCCCCAACAUCCGCACCGGAGCCUGCCAAGAUGUGGAUGAGUGCCAGGCCGUGCCCGGUCUGUGUUCUGGAGGCAACUGUAUCAACACUGUGGGAUCGUAUGAAUGUAAAUGUCCUGCCGGUCACCGUCAGAGUGAAACCAGCCACAAAUGUGAAGAUAUCGACGAGUGCAGCACCAUCCCCGGCCUGUGUGAUGGAGGGGAGUGCACCAACACGGCCGGGAGCUACGUCUGCACCUGCCCACGCGGCUACAUCUCCAGCACCGACGGCUCCAGAUGUGUGGAUCAGCGUCUGGGCACAUGUUUCUCCGCUCUGGCUAAUGGCCGCUGUGCUGGGGAGCUGAACGGCCAGUACACCAAGAUGCAGUGCUGCUGUGACACAGGACGCUGUUGGGCUUUAGGACAGAUUCCUGAGAUGUGCCCAGUUCGGGGUUCAGAUGAGUACAGGCGUCUUUGCAUUGUGGGUGUUCCCCAAGUUCACGGCCUCCCCCACAGCUACCCCAAUGUCUACAUCCCAACUGAUAAUGGCAACUUUGGGUUCAAGUUGCCUGUGAUACCAAAUGGAAAUGGGGGAAACGGGGGGAAUGGAGGGAACGGUGGCAAUGGAGGAGGAAGCUUCGGAGGCAAUGGAGGAGGAGGAGGGAACUACCGAAACAUCGGUAUCGGCUCCUUAAACGAAACUAAUGACAUGUGCAGAAGUUUCACCAACCUGUGCUUGAACGGACGCUGUAUCCCCACACCUCCCAGCUACCGCUGCGAGUGCAACAUGGGCUACAAACAGGACGAUCGGGGGGAGUGCAUUGAUGUGGAUGAGUGUAUAAGUGACCCAUGCAUUAAUGGAGACUGCAUAAACACACCUGGAUCGUACCACUGCAAAUGCCACGAGGGAUACCAGGGAACCCCGACGAAACAGGCCUGCAUUGAUAUCGAUGAAUGCAUUGUGAACGGUCUGAUGUGUAACAACGGCCGCUGUGUCAACACGGACGGAAGCUUUCAGUGUAUCUGCAACGCCGGCUUUGAGCUCACAUCUGAUGGAAAGAACUGCAUUGAUCACGACGAGUGCGCCACCACCAACAUGUGCCUCAAUGGCAUGUGCAUCAACGAAGAGGGCAGCUUCAAGUGCAUCUGCAAGUCUGGCUUCGCCCUCGCGCCGAACGGCCGUUACUGCACCGAUAUCGACGAGUGUCAGACUCCCGGCAUCUGCAUGAACGGCCGCUGCAUCAACUCUGAGGGCUCCUUCCGCUGCGAGUGCCCGCCGGGCCUGGCCGUGGACGUGGACGGGAGAGUGUGCGUGGACACGCACAUGAGGAGCACCUGCUACGGCGCCCUGAAGAUGGGCACCUGCUCGCGCCCCUUCCCCGGCGCGGUCACCAAGUCGGAGUGCUGCUGUGCCAACCCAGAGCACGCCUUCGGACAGCCCUGCCAGCCCUGCCCCUCCAGGAACUCAGCGGAGUUUCAGGGUGUGUGCAGCAGCGGAAUUGGCAUCACGGCCGAUGGCAGAGACAUCAACGAGUGCGCUCUGGACCCAGAAAUCUGCCAGAAUGGUAUCUGUGAGAAUCUCAGAGGAAGCUACCGCUGUAUCUGUAACAUUGGCUACGAGUCUGAUACCAGUGGCAAGAACUGUGUUGACAUCAAUGAGUGUCUGGUAAACCGGCUGCUCUGCGACAACGGCCUGUGCAGAAACACUCCUGGCUCCUACACCUGCUCUUGUCCUGAAGGAUUUCUUUUCAAACCCGACUCGGAGACAUGUGAAGACAUUAACGAGUGUGAGUCCAGCCCCUGCAUUAAUGGAGCCUGUCGCAACGUGGCGGGGUCCUUCAACUGCGAGUGUGCACAUGGCAGCAAGCUGGAUUCCACAAACACCAUUUGCGUUGAUAGCAUGAAGAGCACUUGCUGGCUCACCAUACAGGACAACCGCUGUGAAGUCAACAUCAACGGAGCCACUCUGAAGUCUGAAUGUUGCUCCACGCUGGGAGCGGCCUGGGGCAGCCCCUGUGAACCCUGCGAGCCCGAUACUGCCUGUUCUCGAGGAUUUGCCCGCAUGAAAGGCCUGGUCUGUGAAGACAUCAAUGAGUGUGAGGUAUUCCCUGGCGUGUGUCCAAACGGCCGGUGUGUGAACACGCAGGGCUCUUUCCGCUGCGAGUGUGCGGAGGGUCUGACUCUGGACAGCACAGGCCGCACAUGUGUUGACAUGCGCAGCGAGCAGUGCUACAAGAAAUGGCACGAGGACGAGUGUGGAGAGCCCCUGCCUGGACGCUACCGGGUGGACAUGUGCUGCUGCACCGUGGGGGCCGCCUGGGGGGUCGAUUGUGAGGAGUGUCCCAAAGAGGGCACGCCCGAGUUCAAAACCAUCUGCCCCAGAGGACGGGGUUUUGCCAACAGAGGAGACAUUCUGACUGGCAGGUCCUUCUAUAAAGACGUGAACGAGUGUAAGGUGUUCCAGGGUCUGUGCACCUACGGGAAUUGCAGAAACACCAUCGGCAGCUUCAAGUGUCGCUGCAACAGCGGCUUUGCGCUCACUGCGGAAGAGAGGAACUGCACAGAUAUCGACGAGUGCCGCAUCUCCCCUGACCUGUGCGGCCAGGGCACGUGUGUCAACACGCCGGGCAGCUUUGAGUGUGAGUGCUUCGAGGGUUAUGAGAGCGGAUUCAUGAUGAUGAAGAACUGUAUGGACAUAGAUGAGUGCGAAAGGAACCCCAUGCUGUGUCACGGAGGCAGCUGCCUCAACACGGAAGGGAGUUUCGAGUGUGAAUGUCCCACUGGAUACGUCCUCAGCAACGACGCGUCCGUCUGCGAAGAUAUGAACGAGUGCCAGCUGAGUGACAACUUGUGCAAAAAUGGGCAGUGCGUCAACAUGCCGGGGACCUACCAGUGCUCCUGCGACACCGGGUACCAGGCGACACCCGAUCGACAGGGCUGCGUGGAUAUUGAUGAGUGCACCAUUAUGAACGGAGGCUGUGAAACUCACUGCACCAACUCAGAGGGCAGCUAUGAGUGCAGCUGUAGUGAAGGCUAUGCUCUGAUGCCCGACCUCCGGACCUGCUCAGACAUCGAUGAGUGUGAGGAGACUCCGGACAUCUGCGAUGGGGGCCAGUGCACCAAUAUUCCAGGGGAAUAUCGCUGUCUGUGUUAUGAUGGUUUCAUGGCUUCCAUGGACAUGAGGACCUGUAUUGAUGUGAACGAAUGUGACCUGAACCCAAACAUCUGUCUCCACGGUGAAUGCGAGAACACCAAAGGCUCCUUCAUCUGCCACUGUCAGCUGGGAUACUUUGUCAGGAAAGGAUCCACAGGCUGCACAGAUGUGGAUGAGUGUGAGAUCGGAGCCCAUAAUUGUGACAUGCACGCCGCCUGCGUCAACGUUCCCGGAAGCUUCAAAUGUCGUUGUCAGGACGGCUGGCUGGGAAAUGGCAUCAAAUGUGUGGACCAAGAUGAAUGCUCUGCAGAGGAGCAUAACUGCAACCCCAACGCAGACUGUGUCAACACACCAGGGUCCUACAGGUGUACAUGCAAAGAGGGCUUCAAUGGAGAUGGCUUCUCAUGCUCUGACAUGGACGAGUGUGCAGAUAACGUCAACCUGUGUGAGAACGGUCAGUGUCUGAAUGCUCCUGGUGGCUACCGCUGCGAGUGCGAGAUGGGCUUCACUCCAACCGAAGACAGCAAGGCCUGUCAAGACAUUGACGAGUGUAAUUUCCAGAACAUCUGCGUGUUCGGAACGUGCCAAAAUCUUCCAGGGAUGUUCCGCUGUGUGUGCGAUAAGGGUUAUGAACUAGACCGCAGUGGAGGGAACUGCACAGAUAUCAACGAGUGUGCUUACCCCGUGAACUGCAUCAACGGAUUCUGCGUGAACACACCAGGAAGCUACAUGUGUAACUGUCCAGCUGACUUUGAGCUCAACCCCACUGGGGUGGGAUGCGUGGACACUCGUAUUGGCAACUGCUACUUGGGCGUCUUCGACCGUGGGGAUGGAGGAAUCUCCUGUAAUGCCGAGGUCGGCGUGGGAGUGACCCGUGCUUCCUGCUGCUGCUCCAAAGCAACAGCCUGGGGAACCCCUUGUGAACUUUGCCCUUCCUCCAACUCCUCGGAAUACAAGACUCUUUGUCCCGGAGGAGAGGGCUUCCGACCCAACCCCGUCACUGUGAUCCUAGAAGAUAUUGACGAGUGCCAGGAGCUGCCGGGGCUCUGCCAGGGUGGAAACUGCAUCAACACGUUCGGUAGUUUCCAGUGCGAGUGUCCACCGGGCUAUUACCUCAACGAAGAGACUCGCAUCUGUGAAGAUAUUGAUGAGUGUACAACUCAUAUCGGGAUCUGUGGGCCUGGCACAUGCUACAACACCUUGGGGAACUACACUUGUGUGUGUCCCCCCGAAUACAUGCAGGUCAACGGGGGAAACAACUGCAUGGACAUGAGGAAGAGCGUGUGCUACCGCAACUUCAACGACACGUGUGAGAACGAGCUGUCGUUCAACAUGACCAAAAAGAUGUGCUGCUGCGCCUACAACGUGGGCAAAGCCUGGAACAAGCCGUGUGAGGCCUGCCCCACUCCGGCGACCACCGAGUACCAGCUGCUGUGUGGUAACCAGGCUCCUGGCUUUAUCAUUGACAUCCACACCGGCAAGCCAAUCGAUAUUGACGAAUGCAGGGAGAUCCCGGGUAUCUGUGCCAAUGGGGUGUGCAUCAACCAGAUUGGGAGCUUCCGCUGUGAAUGUCCAAUGGGCUUCAGCUACAACAACAUACUACUGAUUUGUGAAGACAUCGAUGAGUGCAACAGUGGCGACAACCUGUGCCAGCGCAACGCCAAAUGCAUCAACAUUCCCGGCAGCUACCGCUGCGAGUGCUCCCAGGGCUUCAAGCUGACUCCCAGCGGCGCCUGCGUCGAUCGUAACGAGUGCCAGGAGAUUCCUAAUGUGUGUAGCCAUGGCCAGUGCAUUGACACCCAGGGCAGUUAUCGCUGUCUCUGCCACAACGGCUUCAAGGCCACCGCCGAUCAGACCAUGUGCAUGGACAUCGAUGAGUGUGAGAGGCAGCCAUGUGGGAACGGGACCUGUAAAAACACCGUGGGGUCCUACAACUGUCUCUGCUUCCCUGGCUUUGAGCUGACACACAACAAUGACUGCAUGGACAUUGAUGAAUGCAGUGCCCUCCAGGGCCAGGUGUGCAGAAACGGACAGUGCAUCAACGCGCUCGGGUCCUUCCAGUGUCUCUGCCAUGAGGGUUAUGAAAACACACCGGAUGGGAAGAACUGCGCUGAUAUCAACGAGUGUGUGAGUCUACCUGGGACCUGCUCUCCAGGAACGUGUCAGAAUCUUGUCGGAUCCUUCAGAUGUAUCUGUCCACCCGGCUAUGAAGUGCAAAAUGACCAGUGUAUAGAUAUCGACGAAUGUAAAGUGGAGUCCAACAUCUGCCAGUUUGGCACCUGCACCAACACCCCGGGCAGCUUCCAGUGCACCUGUCAGCCGGGCUUCGUGCUCUCUGACAACAAACGCCGCUGCUACGACACCAGAGAGAGUUUCUGUUUCACCAAAUUUGAGGCGGGCAAGUGUUCGGUCCCCAAAGCCUUCAACACCACCAAGGCCAAAUGCUGCUGCAGCAAGAUGCCCGGGGAGGGCUGGGGACUUCCUUGCGAGCUGUGUCCAAGAGAAAGCGAUGCUGCUUUUAACACCCUGUGCCCCUACGGGCAUGGAGCCAUACCUGGACUGGAUGAUAUUCGGGAGGAUACGAACGAGUGUCUGGAUAAUCCAGGAAUCUGCCAGAAUGGCAUCUGCAUUAAUACUGACGGCUCUUUCCGAUGUGAAUGUCCCUUCGGAUACAACCUGGAUUACACAGGAGUCAACUGUGUUGACACCGAUGAGUGCUCCAUCGGCAACCCGUGUGGAAAUGGGACCUGCACCAACGUGGUGGGAGGUUUUGAGUGUUCAUGUCAGGAAGGAUUUGAGCCAGGAUCCAUGAUGACCUGUGAAGACAUCAACGAGUGCUCCCAGAAUCCUUUACUUUGCGCCUUCCGCUGCGUCAACACCUUUGGUUCCUACGAGUGCAUGUGUCCGGCUGGUUAUGAGCUGAGAGAUGACCAGCGCAUGUGCAGAGACCAGGACGAGUGCUCAGAAGGACUGGACGAUUGCGACUCCAAAGGCAUGACCUGCAAGAACCUGAUCGGCACCUUCAUGUGCAUUUGCCCCCCCGGCAUGCAGCGCCGGCCAGAUGGAGACGGAUGCAUGGAUCUGAACGAGUGUCGUGCCAAACCCGGCAUCUGUAAGAACGGCCGCUGCGUCAACACGGUGGGAAGCUACCGCUGCGAGUGCAACGACGGCUUCGAGCCCAGCUCCACCGGAACCGAAUGCAUUGACAACAGAAAGGGCUACUGUUACACAGAGGUCCUGCAGACCAUGUGCCAGCAGUCGUCCACCAACAGGAACAGCGUGACCAAGUCGGAGUGCUGCUGCAACGCGGGUCGAGGCUGGGGGUCCCAGUGCGAGCUGUGCCCCCUGCCCGGCACCAUACAGUACAAAAAGAUGUGCCCGCUGGGACCCGGCUACACUACAGACGGUAGAGACAUCAACGAGUGCCAAGUGUUGCCGGAUCUGUGCCACAACGGUCAGUGCAUCAAUACCAUCGGAUCUUUCCGAUGCCACUGUAAUGUGGGAUACAAGGCCGACUUCACCACCACCACCUGCGUUGAUAUGGAUGAGUGCUCGCUGUCCCCCAAACCCUGCAACUUCCUUUGUAAAAACACAGAGGGCAGCUACCUCUGCUCCUGCCCAAGAGGAUACAGCCUGCAGCCAGACGGAAAGACAUGCAAAGAUUUGGACGAGUGCUCCACCAAGCAGCACAACUGUCAGUUUCUCUGUGUUAACACCAUCGGAGGCUUCACCUGCAAGUGCCCCCCCGGUUUUAGCCAGCACCAGACUGCCUGCAUCGACAACAAUGAAUGCACGGCUCAGAACAGUGUGUGCGGCUCACGGGCCUCCUGUGUCAACACACCUGGAAGCUUCAACUGCGAAUGUACCAAAGGUUUCUCAUUGGACAGUACGGGCAUCGAGUGCGAGGACGUGGACGAGUGCAGCAGCAGCCACCGCUGUCAGCACGGCUGUCAGAACAUGAUGGGAGGCUACCGGUGUGGAUGUCCCCAGGGCUAUGUGCAGCACUACCAGUGGAACCAGUGUGUGGAUGAAAAUGAGUGCCAGUCUGGGACGGUUUGCGGCUCUGCCUCCUGCUACAACACCCUGGGCAGCUUCAAGUGCGUGUGCCCCUCCGGCUUCGACUUCGAGCAGAGCGCCGGCGGUUGCCAGGACGUGAACGAGUGCGGCUCGGGCACCAACCCCUGCAUGUACGGCUGCUCCAACACCGACGGAGGCUACCUGUGCGGCUGUCCCGGGGGCUUCUACAGGGCGGGACAGGGUCACUGUAUAUCAGGGUCAGGUUUCCCGGGCCAGCAUCUGGAGGGAAAUGAGGACGACAGUUUGUCUCCCGAGGCCUGCUACGAAUGCAAGAUCAACGGCGGAGGAAAGAACGGACGACAAAAGCGCGAGGCGGAUGCCAACGAGCUCAACCAGGAGCCGUCGGUCAGCAUGGCCAGCGUGGACACCCAGGCCUCCAUCCCCAUGAACCUGUCGCUGAGCGCCCUCCUCAACAAGGAGCCCCUGCUGGAGCUGCUGCCCGCCCUGCAGCCCCUGGAGCACCACGUGCGCUACGUCAUCACCCACGGCAACGCCGGCGAACACUUCCGCCUGCUGGAGCGCCGCGACGGGAAGAGCGUGCUCCGGCUGGGGAAGAGGCCCCCCCCGCCGGGGUCCUACCGCCUGGAGAUAGCCAGCCGGCCGCUGUUCGGCCCCCGCCAGCGGCAGCAGCUGGAGGACCGGCACGACAGUGACUACCUACAAGGGGAGAUAGGAGACGCCCUGCGCAUCAAGCUCCUCGUCCACCUGCACUGAGCCCGGAGUGAACGGAGCAACCCGACUCUGGACUGAGUUUUUUUAAAACCUGUAAUCCAAUAAUCCCUCCACCCCGUCGUCCAGCCCCAUCAGGACCAUCCGGCCAGCAGGGGGUAAUAAAGGGCCACGAAAGACUGAGUCAACCGGCCCCCCGACUCUGCCACCACUUUGUUACUGUUCCACUUAUUAUAGGUUCGUGUUUUGUGCUUUUUUUUUUCGGUUUUUGUUGUUACCCUGACUCCCACUCCUACCUUACCCAGCACUCGUUCUCCACUGAGGAACGACGGAGGGGGAUGGCAGAGAGGUGGUUCGUGCUUGGACCAAAGCCACCUCAGACCGAAAAGAAGUAGCGGGCAGAAGGCUUAAAAGUCCAUGUAGCACUUUUGUAGGUUGGGACAACGAGAAACUACACUGAACAAAGGUUUUAGCGUGAAUGGUUCUAGUGCUGACAGACCCUGUCUUCAUACAAGACGUGUGGCAGUAUUUAAAUCCAAGCACCGCAUGGAAAACCUUCUGUUUAAUCUUUUUAAACUGGUCUAAGGACUCCGCCACCUCUCUGUUAUCCUGGGGGGGGGGGAAACCACAACACUGGGGAUAAAGGUGUGUUACAUUUUCCCUUAUGAGUAUUGUAGUAUAUCAUUUAAUGUAUUUGUGCUGUUUGAAAAAUGUUAACACGAAGGACUGCAUCAUUUACACAGCAUUUCAGGUUCUUUAGUCUCAUUCUGUUCUCUGUAGCUGGAUAUCAACCAAACACCAAAUGAGAAAAAAACGGCAAGCUCCGUUUUGCUCUGAUGUCACUUUUCUCCUCCUUCCCGUGGGUAGGGCAAAGCGGGGAUUAGCGUGUCUGCGUGUGUGUGCUGUCAUGUUUGGUUACCUCAGUACCUCUCACUGAGUAUGGACGCCAUACUGUGAUGCUGACGUUAAAACAAAAGAGGGUGCUACCGUCCCCCUCAGCAUCCAUCAUUAGCAGGGAAGACACCAAAAAAGUAGCUUAUAGAAUUUGAAGAAGGUACAUCAGGUCACGUUUGUAUUCAUCCUCUUAGGGAUUUUUACUUCAGGUGCACUGAUUCCAGACCUAAGGGCCAGCUUCUUUCUCCGUGCUGUCACCCGUCGGCAGAUUUCAGCUCUUUUUAGUUUUUCUGCAGACUCUUGACACGCUUUCCGGAGGACAGAACCGUAGCUGACUUAAUCUGGCUUCUUUGACUUUACUUUGAGCUCAAAACCUGAGGAGUCAGCGACGUUUACAACGCAAAAGAGACACUGCGGAACAGUCUCAAAGGUACACGGCCUGUUAGGCAUGUAGGUAAAAGAAGUGCAGGGGCACGCACAGGUGAACACGAAACCUCAUGAAAAAUAAAAGAAAACUCAUCAGGUCAUACUUCAUUACUCAUGUUUAGUUUUUUUUUUCUCAAAGAGAAAAAAGAGGUGCUACAAAAUGCCAUCUUAUUACGCUGUACAAAGGAAAUGUGGUCUUGAAUCUGGAUUGCAAGCAUGGCAUAUUUUUUGGGAGGUUUUUAUUCAUGUGUGUCUGUCUUUUGUAUUGUCUGGAAAACCAAUAUUAUCAAAACUUGCUUCUCGACAAUUAAAAUUGUAUAUUUUUUACGUGAAAUGUUUUUUAAAAUUCAUUUUACAGUCAAGGCAACGCAAAAAACGGAAAAAAAAACAAACAAAAAAAAACGAUCGAGAUUGAAGGCUUGACGUGCGGUUGACCUUGUUUUUGUGCGCGCAGACAAUUCCAAACCCAAACUAGCGGUGCGUUUGUGGGCCUCUGACUGGCUUCUGUUCACAGUUCCUGUCAGCCAGUAGCCAGCAGAAGUCAAAGAUCAUCAUUAGCUGUCAUAUCUCACACAGGGAAGCUUACACUGUCUGUAACAUGCCAUAGGGAUUCAUGCAACACCUUCCUGGCCUCUACGGUGCUAAAUGAUAACUGUUCCUGUAUUUUUUUUUGUUUUUUUUUUGUUGCUGCACUGUUCUGCAGCCUUCAGCAGACAACUUUCGAAACACGUAACCAUUUUUUCUAACCGGAAAAAAAAAACCUUUGUAUACUUUGUAUCUUUCAUGUGCAUUUGUAAUUUUUCUUUUAUUUGCCAUUUUGUUUGUAGACAAAAGACAUGUGCUUACUGUAUCAGUUUCAGUGUCAAACUUGAAUUCUGUCAUCACCAACUGUUAGCAGCAAACUGUCGCCUACUUUAUGAUACAGAAAACAAGGGCCGGGAGUUGUUUUUAAAACAAACAAAAAAAAGAGAUUGACACCGAUUGACCAGAGUUUAACUGUAAGCUGAUGACAAUCGCCUGUUAACACCCACCAGCUAAAGAUCCACGAAUGGAUCGGCCGAGAUGAAGCAUCUUUUUACACAUUAAAUUAUCAUGUAAAGGUGGAAAAACACCACAUAGCAAUUUGUAAAAUCUGUGUGAUUCACGUCAUUUUGUAAACCUUUGUCCGGCGACAUUCACAGCAAUAAAAUAUUGUGGGUUAUAUUUUUAA